AUGCCAGUAGAUUAUAUUGAAUAUAUUCUUAAUAAUCCAACAAUUGCGCCUAAUUUAUACUUUGGCCCUGGUAUUGUAUGUGAUGAAAAACAUGAGUUCUGGCAUAGUACACUCUGGCAGAACUUGUCUUUAUUUGGAGAAACUAAACUUUGUAUAAAUAAUAUUACUUAUCAAGCAGGCAAUUUUUUAUAUUAUCACCAAGACAAAGCAAUUAAGUUUGCACGUAUUUGUAGUGUUGUUGAAGUUAAUAAGAGGCAAUUACUCAGAGCUAAUUCGCUUGUUCCAUAUAGUGGGCUUUCUGGACACUUGCGUAGUAUAAAUAGAAAAGCACAUAGAAUAAAUAUGGAAGAACUUUGGCUUGUUGAAGGACAAGAGUAUUUGAUUAUACUUGAAAAUAUUACUCAAAUUAAUGUUUGGUUAAAGGAUCUUGAUAGGCCAGUAGAAUAUGAAUAUUUUGUAACUGAAAUAUUAUAUAGUUUUAAUACUGAUUUGCUCCAAGGUAAUAACCUUGCUAGUGUGCUUAGACAUGAUGCAAAUUAUGGUUGCAGAACUUGUUCUGUAUCUAGUAGCCAAUUAACAAACUCCAACUUUGACUUUGUUACGAAUGCACACUUUUACCACUUAACUAAUAUACAAUAUAAUGAAAUUCCAGUUCUUGAUACUCUUUAUUGGGACAGAUAUUUACAAUUACCGCAAGAUGCUUAUCAUGUACUUGCUAGUAAAGCUACAUGUCUUCUAGAUAUAACUCUUAGAUAUUUAAAUACUAAUAGAGAAGUAGCUUGGCUUAAGUGUUGGAAAAAUACUUUACGCCUGGCAAUGUUAAUGCUAUUUAUUCUACGUUACUUUUUAUCACCUUCAUAUUUAAAGGCUGAAAUAAUUAAACAUUUAAAAAAUGUAUAUAAGCUUACUCGUAAUGAUCAUGCUAUUAUUAAACUAAUAGAACUUUGGCUAGUUGAAGCAAAACUGCUUAAGUUGGCUUUCUCAACAAUAACAAAUAACACUUAUAAGGAGCUUUGCAGUUUGUUUGAAAAAGAACAAAUUGGUUUUUUGAAGAUUUUUCUAGACAUAUUUGAAAACUUACCUAAUGUUCAUGUAAAUGUCUAUUUGCCACAACAUGCUUGUAUAUUUGCAACUCUUGUGAACAUAUCUGUUGGAGUCAAAGAAAUGGUAUACAAACUAUACAAAAAUAUGGUACCACAUACUAAUUACAAAAAUAUUAAACUAGAUCUCCUUGGGCGAUAUAAUACCUCAUUUGCAUUAACUCACUUAUUUGAAGAUGGCAAAGAUUACCAUUUUCUAACAACUAUAAAUAAAUUAUCAAAUAUUUCUCCAGACAUUUCAUUAUAUUUAAGUCUUUGCAAACAAUAUACUACAGAGCAAAACUUAAAAAUUAAUAACAAUAAUGAUAUUAAAGAAAUUGAAAUUAUCUCAAAUUUGAUACCAAAAAAAUUUAUAGAAAUAGUAUUACAAAAUAAAUGGCCAAAAACAAGAGCAAACAUUGAAGGAUGGUCAACAAAGCUAAGCAGUUAG